AAAUAACCGUAGAACUUUCCUCUGAUCUCCCAUCUAACUUUCGUAGACAAUAUAUUAUCAAUUUUAUCACAUGCUCUGAUUACGAUUGUGGUCUUGUUUGAAGUUUGAAUACAAUAUUGGUUGGUUGUUAAACAUUUCCAUUUUUUUUCCAUUUCCUUUGGUCCCAAAUAGUUCAAUACGAGCCAGAGAUUUCUGUUUAUGCUUCUUCAAUCACCAGGUAAAAACUACAAUAUUUCUUCAAAUCUUUUAUUGUCUGUCUAAAUAUUUUAUUUGCGGUCUCGAUUCCUUCUGCUAUUUCAUUAAUCAACUCAAAAAGGUCGAAACUUUUCUGGGUUCUCUGUUAUUCGGAAUGUUUCGAUACUUUUUGUUGCUUUAUUUUUUUUUUCUUCUUUUAUAUUUUCCAUUGAAUCAAAUUUGAGUAAAUAUGAAAUGGGUAUGCUGCAAUAGGAAAGAUUUGAAUGGUAUUAGCAACAAAAAGUAAGAAUUUUGAUGAAAAAGUUAAGUUAGUGACUCGUGUAUGCGUGCUGUGUAUGUAUAUAUUUGUGUUUCUAUGUGGUAUACAUGUGUUUAAUUAUUCUGCAGACUCUGCUACAAAAGAAUUCAUUUAAUGCCUGUAAGAUUGGAAAGGGUUUUGAGGGCCAGCUAUAAGGUUGCUCCAUUGUGACCUCCAAUGGAGGUCAGGGUGUCGAAACAAGGAAACAGCCUCUCUAUGCAUAGGUAAGGCUACAUCCUACCCUCCCAGACCCCGGAAUGGCAGGAGCUUCGUGCACUGGUUUGCCUUUUUCCAAGAUUGAAAGGGUUUUGCUGCAAUUUUACUUUUGUGGAAGUUUUUGAGAUUUUUGCAUUGGAGCAUAUGAAAAUUCUGCUUUCUGAUGAACUUUGUUAUUGUAUGAUUUUCCAAUUGCAUGCUUGGUGCCACUUCUCUAAUGUGUAAUCCAUGACAAGCCCAUCAUAAAUUACAUAGGCAGGAACAUGUCAUAUAUAAAUUGGCAACGUACUUGCAGUAAGCAAAGAUUUUCAAUAGUCUGAUGUUAGCUUGAAGGAAAAAACCUAACUAAUAUCUUACCUUCGACUCUGGUGUUAAUUUAUCUGUGACCAGAAUGGAACAAAUACCAUCUUGAGAUAUGGACAGUUACACAUGGCCCAAUUUUAAGUGGAGGAGUUAGUUUUAUCAGUUCCUAAACAAUGAAAGAUAGAUGAUUUGAAUUUUGAUUUCCUAUUCAUGUUUUCAUAUCUUUUGUUGCAGAAUCAAGAUGGCGCACUAAAUACUACCUAUAUAUAUAUAUAUAUAUAUAUUAUGCAUAUAUAUAAUACACACACACACACACACACUUGUUUCUCUAUGUUCUAAAUCAACUACUAUGAUUUCAUUCCACUGAUCAUUUUGUAUGUUGAUUCUGUUCUAACAUAAUUUUGGCAUUACAAUUAGCCAUCUGACUAACUUCUUAUAUUGAUCCUUAUUUCACUGUUUUUAUUUUUAUUUUUUAAAGGUGCUUUAAUUAAAUAGGAGUGCCAAAGGAAAGUGGAGAUCUUGAAUUCUCUUCAACCUACCAGAUUUGAGUUUAUUAAUCUUCAUUUCAUUGAAUAAUAAUUAUGUCAAUUGGUACUUCUGAGGUUGUUCUUCAAGUUCUGUGCGGGGCUCUACCUCGCCUUUGUGGUUCUGAUCCAUGUUUUAGCAAAUCAGACUCAGAAUAUCCUUCUAAAUCUUAUGUUAAAUCAAGAAAGAGAAGAAGCUCAAUGUAUAUGCAAUUUCUCAACUGUUCAAGCGUGCUAAGAAAUAGCAUUGGCAUUCAUCAGUUUCCUGGUAUACGUAGUGUUUCACAUGGAAGUAUUUCAAUUGAUCGGUUAAUGCGCCUAAGUUGCAAAUGCCAACAGGCCGAAAGAGUGUCUAAGGGUGUAACUCCAGACGAUGGUAAUGGAACAUGGUACGUAGAAAACGCAAAGAAAUUAAAUACAAUUAAUGGUAUGGUGAAUGCACCAAAUGUUUUUGAGUUUGAAAAGGUUGAAGAGGUAAAACAAGAAAAGGAGAGUUUCACAUCCAAUGGUAACAUAGCUGCAUCGGGAACAGCAAGAGAUAACUUGCACAAGGUUAGUAUUGACUCUAUUGAGGAUGAAGCGUGGGAACUACUGCGGGAAUCUAUGGUUUAUUAUUGUGGUAGUCCUAUUGGAACAAUAGCUGCACAGGACACAACCGGUUCCAGCGUUUUGAACUAUGAUCAGGUCUUUAUUCGUGAUUUUAUACCUUCUGGUAUAGCUUUCUUAUUGAAGGGAGAGUAUGACAUCGUUCGCAACUUCAUCCUUAACACACUUCAGCUCCAGAGCUGGGAGAAAACUAUGGAUUGCCAUAGUCCUGGUCAAGGGUUGAUGCCCGCUAGUUUCAAGGUCCGCACAGUUCCUCUGGAUGGUGAUGAUACCGCAACAGAAGAGGUAUUGGAUCCUGAUUUUGGAGAGGCUGCAAUUGGCCGUGUUGCACCAGUUGAUUCUGGAUUAUGGUGGAUCAUACUGUUACGUGCAUAUGGAAAAAGUUCUGGAGAUCUCUCUGUUCAGGAGAGAGUUGAUGUUCAAACAGGAAUUAAGAUGAUACUAAGGCUAUGUCUUGCUGAUGGCUUUGAUAUGUUCCCAACUUUAUUGGUGACUGAUGGUUCUUGCAUGAUAGAUCGCCGUAUGGGAAUUCAUGGCCACCCUCUGGAAAUUCAGGCACUAUUUUAUUCAGCAUUACUUUCUGCACGUGAGAUGCUCGCUCCAGAGGAUGGAUCAGCUGAUCUCGUCCGAGCACUGAACAAUCGUCUUGUUGCAUUAUCAUUCCAUAUCAGAGAGUAUUACUGGAUUGAUCUGAAAAAAGUCAAUGAAAUUUACCGUUACAAGACUGAAGAAUACUCGUAUGAUGCUGUUAAUAAGUUCAACAUCUACCCAGAUCAGAUUCCUCCUUGGCUGGUGGAAUGGAUGCCUAAUAGAGGAGGCUUUUUGAUUGGGAACUUGCAACCAGCUCACAUGGAUUUCCGUUUCUUUUCACUAGGGAACUUGUGGUCUGUAGUGAGUGGUCUUGCAACAGUGGAUCAGUCACAUGCAAUAUUGGAUCUCAUUGAAGCCAAAUGGGCAGAUUUAGUAGCAGACAUGCCAUUGAAGAUUUGUUAUCCUGCACUUGAAGGUCAGGAGUGGCAGAUUAUCACAGGCUGUGAUCCCAAGAACACGCCUUGGUCUUACCACAAUGCAGGUGCCUGGCCCACGUUGCUCUGGCAGCUUACUGUUGCAUGCAUUAAGAUGAAUAGACCAGAAAUUGCGGCGAAAGCUGUUGAGGUUGCAGAGAGGCGCAUAUCACGGGACAAGUGGCCCGAAUAUUAUGACACCAAAAGAGCAAGGUUCAUCGGGAAACAAUCGCGCCUGUUCCAGACCUGGUCGAUUGCAGGAUACCUUGUGUCGAAACAACUCCUUGCUGACCCCCUAGCAGCGAAGAUUCUGAUCACUGAUGAGGAUUCGGAGCUUAUCAAUGCGUUCUCUUGCAUGAUCAGUGCUAACCCGAGAAGAAAACGCGGUAGGAGGAGCUCAAAACAGACCUACAUUGUAUGAACUGUCUUUGGACAUAACUUAUUCAGCAGAAAGUAGUUGAUUCUUUAUUUCUUACUGUAUUCAUGUAAAUAUGGGGUUUCCACACACCCCUUUUAAGGUUUCAAGACAGUCUCUUAUUUGCUGUUAUUUGUGAUUGGGCUAAUUAAUAAAUGUAAUAUAGUUCACAUUUUUAUUUUUUA